AUGAAUGAUCAACCUGAAAUAAAUGAAUAUCUUAAAUAUCAACGAACAAUACGUGAAUUAAAAGAUGAAAAUAGUCAUUUACGAGAUGAAAUGGCAAAUUUACGAAAAUCAUUGAAAUUACAAUCAUCUGAAAAAAAUCCAUAUCGACGAGAAGAUGAUAUAAUUCAUAUUGAACAAAUGUAUGCAGCACAAAUAUCUAAAUGUCGUCAAGAAUAUGAUGAACAAAUUCAUAAACUACAAUUAUAUAUUAAAGAACUUGAAGAUUGGAAUGAAAAUCAACAAGAAGAUGAAUUACGAAAAACAAUGGAAGUACAAAAAGAAGUUGAUGAAGUUGAUAAAGAUCUUCUUUCACAAGAACUUGAACAAGCAAAUAAUAAAUUAAAUUGUUAUAGUGAAAAAUUAAAAGAAUAUUUAAAUUUACAAACAAAUAUGGAUUCAUUAAUAUUACAAAAUAAACAAUUAGAAAAUAAUUUACAAUUAGAACGACAAAAUAAUAAAUUAAAUUUAGAACAUAUUAAUCAAUAUGAAGAAAAAAUUCAUCAAUUACAACAAGAUAUUAUUCGAUUACAUUAG